UAAGUAAACGACGAAUAUUUUGAAGUUGUUAGCGGCAUCGACAAAAGAAAAUUUGAUAUUUCAUUUGAGUUAAAAUAAAAUAAUAUAGAUCGCGAAUUUACUUAAGUAAUAUAUAAAAGAAAAACUUUUUGUUAAAAAUGGCAUUUGAGUAUUUGGCAUACGUUUUAUCCCAAGAUGAGGAGAUAAUAAGCUCUUCAUCAGUGGAUAGACGUUUGCUUCGAGAAGUGGACAACCCUUUCGACUUGGCUGCAACUGAGUUUCGUAACCUUUACCGAUUAACCCCAGACUUGGUUGAAGAUAUUGUUUCCCAGCUUGAUAGCCAAUUAAGGGGUCGAAGAAUAACUGCGAUAACGACAGAGAAACAGGUUCUAACUGCCUUGCGAUUCUUCGCAACUGGCUGUUAUCAAUGUCCAGUCGGAGAGCAAUGGGGGAUAUCCAUGAGCCAGUCGUCCGUAAGUCGCUGUAUACAUCGCGUAACGGAUGCAAUAAACCGCACCAUGUUUUUGGCAAAGGUUAGGUUUCCAAUGACCCAAAUAGAGCGGCAAGCUGCAAAAGAAAUUUUCGCCUCAGCAUCCGCACCAUUUGUAGGAGGUACUAUUGGGGCUAUCGAUUGCACUCAUGUGUCAAUCAUGAGCCCAAAGCAUCAUGAAGAAGCGUAUGUCAACCACCAUGGAUACCAUUCUAUCAAUGUGCAAAUG